UUUACCUCGCCACGAACAGUGGGCCCAGAGCUUCUGCUCUUUCCUCUGUGCACACGUUUUGUGGCUGGAGCAGAAACCAGAAAGCUCCCUUUGCGGCAAUCGAGCAGCCUGCAGCCUUCAUAUUCCUCUUCAAUACCAAAGCUGGGAGCUUAGAGAUAGACUAGCACACAAGCAAACAUGGCGCCCAUCGCUCUUUCCUCGCCGCCUCCUAUGCGGCCCUCGUUUGCAAUAGGCAAUGAAGGCAAUGCACUCGAUGAUGGUGAGACCAGCACUUUGAACCAUCCGCAAAUACCGUAUCUCCAGCCACCGUCGGCAGAAGCUGGCUCAAGCGCAAACGCGAGCGACGCGGCGAAUGGAGAGACACCCCAAGAUGGCCAGGUCGAGUCGGCCACUUUCCAGAUUGGCGGCAUGACGUGUGGCGCUUGUGUAGAAGCCAUUGAACGCAUGCUGCGCGAACAACCGGGCAUCCAUUCCGCCACGGUUGCCCUGCUCGCUGAGAAGGCCGUGGUAACGUACUCUCCGGCACAAUGGACGGCAUUAAAGAUCGCAUCCGAGAUCGAGGACAUCGGCUUCGAGGCGUCCGUGUUUGAAGAAGUGAAAGAGGACGAGGUGCAUCUACGCAUCUACGGCAUGACGUGCGCCUCCUGCUCCUCGACUAUCGAGCGCGAGCUGGGCGCCGAGCUUGGCGUCCUGGAAUGCUCCGUCAACCUCUCAACAGAGAAAGCGCGCAUCCGCUUCGACCUCUCCGUUAUCCCUGGUCCGAGGCAGCUCGUCGAGCGAAUAGAGGAGCUUGGCUUCGAUGCGACGAUCGCCGACGACAGCGACAUGACGCAGCUGAAGAGCCUGGGGCGCGUCAAGGAGAUCGUCGAGUGGCGACAUACAUUCCUCAUCGCAUUUGUGUUUGCCCUGCCUGUCUUUCUGGUCAGCAUGGUACUACCGCGCAUGUCCACUACCGCGAGGGCCGUAUUGCAUUACCAGCCCGUCCGCGGACUCUUUUUGCAGGACAUUCUCUGCCUGGCCUUGACGAUUCCCGUGCAAUUUGGACUAGGGAGGCGAUUUUACAAGAGCAGCUUGAAGGCGAUUUCGCAUGGCAGCGCGACAAUGGACGUCCUCGUUGCCCUGGGCACUUCUGCUGCGUUCACGUUUAGCGUCUUCUCCAUGCUCGCCAGCGUCUUUGGAGAAUGCACGGCCACCAUCCAUGAGGCCGGUGCUACUUCUGCUGCAGCAGGAGCAACUGCUGCUGAUGCUCCAAUGGCAGCAUCGACACAGGCCAUGUGCAUGAAACCAGUAACAUUCUUCGACACUUGCACGAUGCUCAUCACUUUCGUCUCACUCGGGCGCUACGUCGAGAACAGGGCAAAGGGGAAAACGUCCGAGGCGCUGUCCAAGCUGAUCGGCCUGACGCCCAGCACAGCGACGAUCUACACGGACGGCGAGGCGUCGUGCAAGGUUGAGAAGCAAAUUCCCGCUGAGCUGCUGCAAAAGGGCGACAUUGUCAAAAUUGUGCCCGGCGAAAAGAUCGCUGCCGACGGUGUCGUGCUGCGUGGCCAGAGCGACGUCGACGAGAGUAUGGUCACUGGCGAGAGCAUGCCUGUUUCCAAGGCGCCCGGCAGCAUGGCUAUCGGCGGCACCGUCAACGGCGUUGGCACGCUCGAUGUUAAAGUUCUGCGCGCCGGCAAGGAGACGUCCUUGGCGCAAAUCGUCAAGCUCGUCGAAGAAGCCCAGACGUCCAAGGCACCCAUCCAGGCAUUUGCCGACCGCGUCGCGGGUGUGUUCGUGCCGACAGUCAUCGCGCUCGGCCUGCUGACGUUCGUCGUGUGGAUGGUAAUCGCGCACGUGCUCGCACCUCGCCUGCUCCCUGCGCCGUUCCAGGAGCACGGCAGCUCAAAGCUCAUGGUCUGCCUCAAGCUCUGCAUAAGCGUCAUCGUCGUUGCGUGCCCCUGUGCGCUUGGGCUCAGCACACCGACAGCCGUCAUGGUCGGCACCGGUGUCGGUGCACAGAACGGUAUCCUCAUCAAGGGCGGCGGCCCGCUCGAAGCGAGCAACGCCAUCCGCCACGUCCUCUUUGACAAGACCGGUACGCUUACCGUUGGAAAACUCUCUGUCGUCGGCAUUCGUUGGGUAGAUGGCGGCAGCAGCAGUGGCGAGCAAGACGCCCUUGACACGACGCUCGGCCAGCUUGAGACGCGCACCGGCGCGGCCGGUGCGUUGCGUGCGCAAACCCUUCGCAUGGUCGCGGCCGCCGAGACACGCUCCGAGCACCCGCUCGGCCACGCGAUUGCCGCGUUUGCACUCUCCAAGCUCGGUCUCAACAGGCUACCCGAAGAUGUCAGCGUAGAGAGCUUCCAAGUUGCCCCCGGCGCCGGCCUUGUCAGCGUUGUGAAGGCAGGCUCGCGCUCGUAUGCGAUCAAAGUCGGCCGUGCAGACUACGUUUCGGAAGCAGCUAACGUCAGUGUCGACGAUAGCGAGGAGAAGCAAGCGAGCGGGCUGAAUGCGUCCCUCGUGAACUUUAAAGCGGCGCAAGAGGCGCAAGGCCGCACGGUGAUCUUUGUCAGCGUCGACGCGCAAGUGGCAUGCGCGCUGGCGCUGGCAGACGAGCUGAAGCCAGAGGCAAAGCAGUGCAUCGAGGCGCUACGCGCGCUGGGGAUCCGCUGCGGCAUGCUGACGGGCGACGCGCGCACGACGGCGAAUGCGAUCGCCGCCGAGCUUGGCAUGGACGCGGAGGAUGUGUAUGCGGGCAUGAGCCCGAGUGGCAAGCGCAGUAUCGUGCUGCAGUUGCAGGCGCGACUACAGGGUGCGCAUGGUCGCCCGCUGGACCUGGAGGGUGGCACGAGGGCCAGCAGCAAAGCUGUGACCGCUAGUCACAAUAGGCCGCGUCUGGCCGUCGUCGGCGACGGGAUCAACGACUCGCCGGCUCUGGCGGCGGCGGAUGUGGGCAUCGCGCUAUGCUCGGGCGCGGACAUUGCGAUGGAGGCGGCGGACAUUGUGCUGAUGCGCAGUGACCUGCUGGACGUGGCGGCGGCGAUCGCGUUGAGCAAGCGCAUCAUGCGCCAGAUCAAGCUCAACUUUGUCUGGGCGACGGUAUACAACCUGGUCGGCAUCCCGCUCGCCAUGGGCGUCUUCCUCCCCUGGGGCUGGCACCUGCAACCGAUGAUGGCCGGUGCGGCAAUGGCGUUCAGCUCUGUCAGCGUCGUCGCCUCCAGCUUGACCCUGCGCUGGUGGACGCGGCCGAGCAGCCUGUGCGGCACCGGCAGCGGCUCGGGUGCGCAUGCUCAUGCCGCAGGCGCACGGCCGAGCCUUAGUUUUGCAGCACUUUCAGACUGGGUGCGCCGCAGCGCUGGCAGCGGGGCGAGACGCACGCCGCGGCAGAACGGCUAUGCGCCCGUGCCCGUCGAGAUGGCAUGAUAUGAUGGCCGGCGUUGUCUCUGUUUUACAUUUGCAGCCACAACGCGUUCCCGCCGCGCAUGCAAGCCGCGCCGAUGGCAUGCGUCCGGCGUCUGUCGGCUGCCUACAGUCGCCUGCACCGUGUUUGCCUGUUUGCCUUUCUGUAUCCAACGUAACCCACUGUUUCGACGGGUGG